AUGUCCAUCCGUCUGUUGUCCAUCAUCGUCUUCUUGGGACUUUUACCACUCGAACAAGGAUUCUACGUUCCGGGAGUGGCUCCCGUUGAGUUCAGAAGCGGUGACCCAAUAGAAGUUAAAGCAAUCAAAUUGACGAGUACGAAAACCAUAGUUCCCUAUGAGUAUUACUAUCUUCCAUUCUGUCGCCCAGAUGGAGAUUUGUUGUAUAAGUCUGAGAAUCUAGGCGAAGUAAUGCGUGGAGAUCGUAUCGUGAACACCCCGUAUCAGUUGUUUAUGAAAAAGAAUGUUGCUUGUGCGUCUGCAUGCACAUCUACAAGUCCGGUGGAAGUAAGUGCUGUAGCAGCAAGAAGAUUGAUGGAUAGGAUCAAAGAGGACUAUCAUGCACAUUUACUUGUUGACAACCUCCCCUCAGCAACCAAGUAUGAAGUUCCAAAGACAGGCGAAAUAUUUUACGAUCUCGGAUACAAAAUUGGUUGGGUUGGAGAAGAUGGGAAGGUUUUCCUCAACAAUCAUCUGGACAUUGUUAUGCUCUAUCACGAGCACAUGCCUGGACUCUAUCGCGUUGUUGGUUUCGAAGUCAAGCCCCGUUCGGUAAAAGCGGUCACUUUCGACAGUAAUAAGGAGUGCUCUGGAUUCGACAAGGACAUGAAUUUCUUCGAGCUGAAAGAGGAGGACCAGAAAAUCCACUGGACAUAUAGUGUAUUCUGGGAACCUAGUGAUAUCCCAUGGGCUAGUCGUUGGGACGUUUAUCUGUCCGUGAAGGCUGUUGAUAUACAUUGGUUCAGCAUCCUGAACUCAAUCGUCGUCGUUAUGUCAUUAAGCGGUUUUUUGAGUGUUUCGAUCGUUAGAACUGUCCGCCGUGACAUUGCUCACUAUAAUAAAGAUGAAGCUGAGGAUGACACACUAGAAGAAACUGGUUGGAAACUCGUUCAUGGCGACGUUUUCCGUCCUCCACCUCACCAGAUGAUUUUAGUAAAUAUGGUUGGAACUGGUAUACAACUACUUGGAAUGGUCGGAAUAAUAGUUUUCUUCGCUAUGUUGGGCAUGCUCUCUCCAGCAAGCCGUGGCUCUCUUAUGUCCGCAGCCGUAUUUCUUUUUUGUUUUAUGGGUUUGGUUAGUGGUUAUCAUGCUGGUCGCCUAUACAAAACCAUGAAAGGACGAAAUCCAAUUCGUUGUGCAGUGCAGACUGGAACUCUUUUCCCUUCGCUCAUUCUUGGAAGUGGAUUUGUCCUAAACUUUUUCCUGAUCGGAAAGCAGUCAUCAGGAGCUGUUCCAUUCGGCACUAUGAUCGCUCUGCUGUUGAUGUGGUUCGGAAUCGAUUUGCCUUUGGUCUUCCUCGGUUUUUAUUUUGGAUACAGGAAGCAGCCGUAUACCCAUCCCGUGCGCACCAAUCAAAUUCCACGGCAAGUGCCAGAUCAACCCUGGUAUCUGAAAACGGUCCCUUGCACUCUUUUGGCAGGAGUCUUGCCUUUUGGUGCUAUGUUUAUUGAGUUGUUCUUUAUUUUCUCGGCAAUUUGGGAAAAUCAGUUCUACUAUCUAUUUGGUUUCUUAUUUAUUGUUUGUUUAAUUCUGGUGAUCAGUACAGCACAGAUUUCAAUUGUCGCUACUUACUUCAUGCUUUGCGCAGAGAAUUAUCGUUGGUGGUGGAAAUCGUUUAUCGUUAGCGGUGGAUCUGCUGUUUAUGUGAUGGCCUACUCGAUUUUCUAUUACAACACCAAACUGGACAUUGAAGGAUUCGUCCCAACCGUGCUGUACUUUAGUUAUUCUGCUCUGAUGGCGAUAACUUUCUGGUUCCUCACUGGUACUAUCGGAUUCUACGCUUCAUAUGCGUUCCUGAGACGCAUCUAUGCUGCUGUCAAAAUUGACUAG